UUUUUUCCUCUUUUUUUUUUUUAGUGUGUUCGUGUGUGUGUGUGUGUGUGUGUUUGUGUGUGUGUGUGUGUGUGUAUAUAUUUAUUUAUUUAUUUAUUUAUUUAAUUACAUUCGUUCAACAUACCUAGCAAGUAACUUGUAACAUUGUUAUUUAUAGUACUAACCUUUUUGGCAAGUGCUUCCGGUACAUGCCUCUUUUCCGGUAUUAGCAGACGCAAAGUGGUUUCUGUCAAUGUCAAAAUGAAUAACUUCAGAUCUGUGCAGUCGCGAUGACGUUCCACCUUUAGUUGUUGAUUCCGAUUUGUUAGCAAUGUUCAGCAAGACGUAACAGGUGACAGAACUAAUGUAUCUGCGUGCAAAAUCCGGACUGUCAUCUUUAGAAGCCUUUUCCACGUGGCUCUGUGUCAGAAAUGGCUUGUCCGCGUGUGCCAGACCCAGAAACAUAAAAAAAUAUGUUCCGCGUCGCAGUUUUUCCCUACGAAGUUUUCGUGGCCCAGAUGCUGUUGAAUAUCCAAGACUUACACCACAAUUAGUUACCACAAUCUUGAGGCAUCAAGAUAAUAGUGUGGACGAAAAGUAUGGUGCGGUUAAAGGUUUUGAAACCAAUCAGUUGCCCUCCAACAACCCCAUUGAAGACAGGAGAGCAGAGGCCAAGCUUGUCCAUAACAUAAAGGAAUCGAGUCACUUGGAACGAUUCUUGUUUGGUGUUUUUGACGGACAUGCAGGAUGUGCCUGUGCACAAGCUGUGAGCGAGAGAUUAUUUAAUUACAUUGGGGUGUCACUGUCAACACCAGACAUUUUGCAAAAAAUUCGUGAUGGACAGCUUGACUUGCAAAAUAACCUGGUCAGCUUCUACAGGCGAGAUGGAUUUGAUUAUGUAAACAGCGAACUGAAAGACAAGUUUCAGAAAAGCUUGGGAAAUUUUGCCAGUGAAACUUUGGCCGUUUACAAUGAAGAUGACACAGUGGCAGAAAAUAUUAUUAAUGCUUUUGUCAGACUUGAUGAAGACAUAAGUAUGGAGGCUUUGCCUCAUUCACAGUUAGACUUUGAAAGUCUCCAAUGUGCCUUUUCUGGUGCUGUAGCUUGUGUGGUGUUUUUGGAUGGAAUAGACUUGUAUGUCGCAAAUGUGGGUGACUCUAAAGCUGUCCUUGGUGUUAAUUCGCAAGAGGAUCAAUGGGAAGCUGUGGAAAUGUCCCACGAUCAUAAUGCAGAAAAUGACACGGAAGUGCAACGCCUUUACAAGAACCAUCCAAAUGAAUCUGCAAAUAUUAUCAAGAAUGGCCGUCUGUUUGGAGACCUUGCUCCCCUUAGAGCUUUUGGAGAUGUUCGAUACAAAUGGCCAGCUAAAGACCUCAAGCAUAUUGUCAACACUGUGCGACAUCCCCACUCAUUUAUCAGUAUGUAUGGCAACAGACUUAUUCCUAGGAACUAUCAAACGCCACCUUACCUCUCAGCUGAGCCUGAAAUAAUUCAUCGCAAACUCACUCCAAAAGACAAAUUUCUCAUUAUUGCUUCUGAUGGUUUGUGGGACAAUCUCACUCCGGAGAAAGUUGUAAAGCUCGUUGCAGGUCAUCUUGAUGGUCAGCAGGUGUUGGUCAACUUUCAGCUGCCCAGGGAGGAUGUCACACUGAAGGAAGUGAAUGAGUUACUAAUUCGUCGGAAAACGAGCCUUGCCCAGAAAAUCGUUGACACUAAUGUUGCUACUCAUUUGAUCCGGAAUGCGGUUGGCCCAGAACACGGUCAACUGUCGGCUCAGCUUACCUUGCCAGACAGCAUCGUUAGGUUUUACAGAGAUGAUAUUACUGUCACCGUGGUUUACUUUGAUACAGAUUAUAUCAUAGAAAAACUUAAAUUACAGUAGAUUUUGAUGUACAAAGUAUGUAAAAAAAAUUAAGAUUGGUUUCAAAUUUAAACUGUCAUUAUCACAGUGUGUCUUGAUCGCUAUGCUUCCAGUGAUGUACUGAUAGCUAGUGGGGGAAAGAUAGCAUUUACAGAGAAGAUAUUAUAGUUAUUUACUUUGAUAAAUACCUGUAUUGUGUAAAUAGUACUAAAUACAGCUAUUUGUGAUACCAGAUUUUGGCAUAUUUAGAUUUGUUUUAGAUUUAAACAUUAGGUUAUUCUCAUAUGAUCGAUGCUAUCUGAGCCUGGCUGGCAUCACUAUAUUGUAGAAGGCAACAACAUUGUUUAUGGAUUAUGUUAUGGGGCGACAGGAAAAGAUAUAACGUGGUGGGUAGAAAAGAUUGGGGGGGGGGGGGGGGCAUGGUGCUGCACUUUUAUUAUUGUUGUUAGUGUAAAAACUAUCCACUGCUUUUUUAUCUCAUCCAACGUGUUACAAAAUACUCCCAUUUUGGCAGCUUCCCGCUGUUUUACUAUGUUCAUCACCAACAUCUUUUCUCAAGUAUUUUCACCACUCUUAAAUUUGCAGGCAGAAUGCAUGCACCAUCCAAGAAAUAUCAUUUGAUCACUCCUUUUAGUGCUGUAGUAAAUAUAGUGUCCCAGUGGGUACUUAGAUCUCCAUCCUCCUUUUAAAAAUAUUUUUUAACUUACGUGUACAUGCAUGUUAAUGUUUUCACAAGUUGCCACAUAAAAAUUGAAAUUUAAUCUGGCUAUAUUUUAUUGUGAAUCUGUGAAGAAUGCAAUCUCUGUGACAUGUGAUCUGUUUAGUUAAAUGCUUGAUCUAUUUUAUCAUAUUAAAUGUAUGUUUGCCUAAACAAAAUCCAUAAUUUUGCUAAUUAUGAAACAAAAUUGUAAUGAUUAAUUCACAAUAGUUUUGAAUCAGCUUAAACCAAAUCCAGUUUCUUCUGUUGGUGAUAACGGCUCUCGAAUAUGAGCUUAUAUCGAGGCAUAGCACGUUCUUGACCUGGGAGCUGGGGAUAGUGGACUCUUUUAUCUACAUUGUCCAUGGACACCUAAAUGAAUUGCUUAAUAUUACACUGUAAAAAGUAUUUUAGCUUCAACCAAUGCCCUGUUGUAUGUCAGUUGCAAACAAAAAUCAGUAUUUUGAUUCCUUCCCCACUGCACACUGUUUCCAUACCUGCAGUGUGUGUGUAUACAUUUUGGGGUUGGGUGUAAACGACAUGAAAUUUAUACACACACAUUUUCCUCUCCUCUCCCCCCCCCCCCCCCCCCCCCACCAGUUUACAGGAACCUAAAGUGAUGCAUACAUGUGUGAAACCUCAUCAGGUUUACAUGAAUUAUGUAUAAUGUGAAAGGUUAAUAUAUUAUGUAUAUAAAAUAGUUAAUAUAUAUACAGUUGGUACAUGGUUUGCAUACAUGUACAUGUUUGUACGUGUAUCUAUUAUUUCCCACCCACUCCAAUGUGACAUGCAUGUACCAUUAUGCUUUAAAAAAAAGUAUAAUAAUAAUAUUUACAGUUGUACAUGUAAUAAAAUUGAAAAUAUGUUUUAAAUAAAAAUGACAGCUACUAUUGAGAGGGGAGGAUUAUUUUAUGCUUCAGACAAGAAUCAAGAAAAUUUAUUAAUACAAAAUGGGGAGGGAGAAGUUGGCUUUACUAUUACAUGUAUUUGCAUUAACUACUUAGAUAUACCUUUUUAAUUUUUUUUUUUUAAAGGCAUUUGAUAAUGUUCCAAAAUUAAUUAUAAGAGCAUCUAUGAUUUAAAAGUAUUUUUAUUCAUACCCACACAGUGUAACUAUAUAUAUAAUAUUAUAGCUCGUGAUCUUCUGUUAUCAGUAUUUAAUCAUUAUUAUGUAUAGGACCUCACCCCAGUGUUUUUCCCAGGUCCAGGGAUGACCAAAUGAUUUUUUUUUAAACCAGGACUAUUAAUUUUAAUCAAUUUGCUAAGUAUUGUGUUGGGAUGUUCAAGAAGAGACUGUACCAUUUUCACAACCCUUUAGUAUGUGACUUGCUUAUUUGGAUGUUUGUCAUCCCAGUUAGCAUAAAUUGUCAUGCCACUCAUGGAAACUCGUUCAUGCACUCAUGGAAACUCAUUCAUAGUAACAUAUGUAUCUAUAGCUUCUGUUGCAAUCUCGCAGUGCAGAGCAAAAAGACUUGCAAGGAUGAUGAUGAUAAUAAUAAAUUCUUUAUUUAGUGAGGGUAACGCAGUUAGCAAAAGGUAAUCUUCCCUGAGGCCCUCAAGUACAAACAAU